GUCUUCGCCGCCGAUCCGUCUGCCAUGAGCGCGGAAGAACUUCACUCGCACUGGCAAUUCGCAGCCAUAUCGCAGUUCCUCCACCUGUUCUAUCCAGCUCUCCAGCUCGAUUCCUUCAGCACCCCGGAUCUCGAAAACAGCCUGCUCAACAUCCAGACCACAAGUAAUCUGCUCGCCCUCACCCCCGAUGCCAGCAACCCCACAUACUAUUUAAAGGACAUUAUGUGUCGGCUCCUGAAGCUCCUCACGUCCAACAAACCCGUAACACCCGACAACUGGCAGACACAUCUGGCCACCCUCUUCCAGUCGCGCGCAGACCGCCUCGAGUCCGCCCUCCUGGUCGAUCCGCACACCGACUACUUUGAUUUACCUCUGAAGAACAAGCUAUUGGUACUAUACUAUCUCUGCGAAUGGCAACUGGACUUUCCCGAGCAGUUCCGAAGCUUAGUUGAGGAAUCCGACGAAGACGAAACAACAUGGCGAGUGGAUCCGCUCGGCUACGACCACGCCGGAAACACUUAUUGGCUAUUUGACGACAACCGACUGUUCAAAGAGUCGCCUGCGCCCUCAUCAACAGCUUCAAAAUCGGCCGCCAAGGCCCGCAAGGGCCGAAACACAAGAAAUAGCAGGAGCGUCGAGGACGAGCAGCAGGCCCUCCAAGAAUCAAGCAAGGUCGACCAAACCCCAUCAAAUUGGUCCCUGGUAUGCGGAACAAGCGUCGAGUGGACAGAGUUUCCAAAGCAGUUUGAGAACUCUCGGUACACCGUCGAGAAGGAGCUGUAUGCCGUUCUUGUUGAAUCGGUGCUCCCCCAAGUCGUCGAGGAGAUGAUGGAAGAGGAAAAGAAGAUUCUUCUGCAAGAGGCGCUUUUGAAUAGGAAGCGAUCCUCGCGCCUUCAGGAUCGCGAGCUCGAGCGUAUGGCCAUCGAUGCGCGCAAGAAGGAAGAGGAAGCCGUCUUGACUGCCAGAUUGAAGGAGGAAGAGCGGCAGCGACAAGAACUAUUGGCUCGACAGCAGCAGCUCAAAGCUCGAGAAGAGCGUCUGCUCAGGCGCGAAAAGAAGCUCGAGAGUCUGAGGAUUGAGCGCGAAAAGAAGCUGCUCAAGAAACAAGCGGGUACUGAAACAGGCGCUGUCGAGGUCGCCGUCGUUUCCGAGCCCCCGGAGAGCGAAAUCGCAGUCCAGAUCGAUGCACAGCGGCGGCAGUCAUCUCGACGCCGCUCGCAGCGCCCCGAUCCCGAAGUCUUUGACGAGACCUUGACCGAAGACGCCUGGUACUUUGACUGCGUUUGCGGCGUCUACGGCGAACGACUGGAUGAUGGCAAAACUAUGAUUGAAUGCGAGCGCUGCCACGUUUGGCAGCACCUGGACUGCCAGAUUGCCCACCAGGGGGGCAAUCCAGACGACGAAGACGACAUGAAGCGCUGGGAGGCCGCUCAGUUCAUUUGCGAGACUUGUAUCGCCAAGGAAGAACGCGAAAAUGAGCGAUUGCGACAAGAGGCCGAGGCCCAGCGCAUUGCUGCUGAGAAGCAGAGGCGCGAGGAGGCCAAGCGCCUCAAGGAAGAAGAGUUGCGCCGGAAGCGAGCGGCAAAGUACCAGGCGCGAAAGAGACGACUCCAGGAAGCCAAGGCUGCUGCUGUCGCGGCGGCUUCUUCACUGUCAGCGUCGGUGACCGGGAGCGUGGCCUCGGUAGGCCCGAGCGGAUCCACGACGCCGUAUCCUGGCGAAUCGGGCGCCUCGUCAGAAGCGGAGCCAGAUUCGAUUGUUGACAUCAUCAGAGUCGAUGCCAAUGACGAGCCGACUGCCAUGGUUCGCAGCGGCCCCGAGCAGCCGCACCCUGAGGUCCACGCAAACGGGUCAACAUCGCUGCUGUCAGUAUCUAGCGCACUCCUCGGCAUCGCGUCAGCAGCGCUCUCAGGCAGCCUUGCCGCAGGAGCAUCUGUUGCAGCCGCCGGAUUUGAUGCAUCUAUACCCCCCGAGCCACAGAUAUCCGCGAACCCGUCCAAGGUCAAGUCCUUGGGACCCGACGGAAACCCCUCGUCGAUGGAGACAGACAGCGGCAAGCCACCAAAGAAGAAGCGGCCAUACACUCCCAAGAAAAAGCCUGCCGUGCCAGUUGAAGCGGGUGCUGCCGUCGCGGCUGAUGGACAGGAGACGGGCGCAAUGCAGCCGCAGGGCCCCGAAGCCCAACCCAAACCCAAGCCCAAGAAGUCGUACAAGAAGAAAGAAAAGCCUGCAGUUGUCAUGGCUGUGAAUGGACAACCUGCUCCGCCCACUCCCGCAGCGGCGCCGCUGCCUGGAGCCGAUCCUGCACAAUCUGGCUCGACUGCAUCGGGGUCGCUGGCAUCGCUCUCUCAGCCAACCCAACCCGGAUCCCUCGACUCGGUGUCGACCCAAACCGGUGCCAUCCCAGUCAACGGAGCGACUGCAUCUGUCAGUGCCGAGCUCAAGUCCGCCAAGCCACUCAAGGGAGCCGAUGCAUCGAAGCCUGCGCCAGCGAAGCGGCAGAAGAAGCCUGAUGACCCGUCCGUCCCAAAGCCGCCAAAGAAAGCCAAGGUAUCAUCUGCCCAAUCUCAGCCGACCGGCCCAGCAGCCGCCUAUGCCCCACCACCGCCAUCUUCCAACGGAGCCAGUGCCUCUGGAACAGACGGACCAUCUCUACCGCCCAACACUAGCGCUUCCCGCUCGACCACGCCUCCAAACCAGGCCGGGCCAUUUGCGUUUGUGCCAGGCUAUCGCCCAUAUCCGGCUCCUCAGUCCAUGGCCAUGCCGAAACCAAUGCCGCACUCGCAAGGACCUUACUAUCCGCCCGCGCCCGCGCCAGUGCCAGUCCAGCCUCCCACCAGGCCGUAUUCAAGCGCACCGAUGCAUCCCAGCAUCUAUGGUAGCAUGGCUUAUGGCGGCGAUCCAGCAUACACCGGCGGCACAUGGAAUCCGCACAUCGCCCGGCCGGCGAACGGUCCUCCGCCUUCGUCGGUCUUCCGUCCGUCGCAAAACACUGGACGGGAGCAUAGUCUGGCCCGCCUGAUUCAGCCCCAUGCGGCAUCAUCGAAGGAUGCCUACGUCCCGGCUUCAAGGCCGCCGCCACCACCACCGUCAUUCCGACCGCCACCCAGCCUCGCUCCCAUCCAUGUGCAUCCUGCAGGCUCAUAUCCCCCAUCUGCCGGCAUGGGUCCUGGGGGGCACAGCGCCCACUCGUCUGUGCCAUCGCCAUCGAUGCCCUCGACGCUGCCAGGCAUGUGGGCCCCUGUUCGAGCCAUAAGCCCACAAUCCGAAGCUGCUGCCGCUGCUGCCGCGGCCCGUGCUGGCGGCCCCAGACCACCGAACUAUCCGCCGUCGAUGGGACGCACACCGGCUCUGUCCUCGAGUACCCCUGCGAACACCCAGCACAGCGGGCCUCCGGGAGGAGCAUCCGCAAGCAGCGGCCCGACAGCCACUGCGUAUUCAGGGCCAAAAUAGACUUUUUCUUGCCGCCCCCAGC